AUGGCUCCGCCUAACAGAAAGGUUGAAGGAGACGAUGGCCGUGUCACCAUAACGACACACGAUUGGACAGAAUUUCGUGAUGCCCUUCUUGCAUCACAAAACAGUUUGCAACAAUCCCUUACCGCAUCGUUGCGAACCAUGACGGAGACGAUUACACACCAUCUUGGAGAACAGAAUCGACAACGUGGAGGAGAAGGAGUUGGAGCAGAGAUAAAUCCUUUUGCUCCUGGGGUGAGACCUCAAGGAGAGAUAGUGAAUUUUCGACAACCUGAUCAUCGUUUCCCUGAUACACGUUGGGAAGCAAGCUUCAAAGUGGAGAUUCCAGAGUUUCAUGGUGGGAUUCGGGGAGAUUUGCUCCUUGAUUGGUUAGUAGCUGUGGAGGAAAUUCUCGAAUUCAAGAAGGUUCCAGAAGAUCGCAGGGUUGCGUUGGUGGCAACAAGAUUUCGCGGGCAUGCCGCGUCGUGGUGGCAACAAACCAAAACCACCCGUGCUCGUACAGACAAAGAACCAAUCCGUUCAUGGGACAAGCUGAAGAAGAAAUUGCGGGACACAUUCCUUCCCCACAACUAUGAUAGGACGGUGUACAACAAGCUACAAAAUCUAAAACAGGGCAGCCGCUCUGUUGAUGAAUAUGCAGAAGAGUUUUAUCUCUUGAUUACACGCAAUGUUAUCUUUGAUAGCCAAUUGCAGCUGGUCUCUCGUUUUAUUGGAGGGUUGCGAACCCAACUUCAGAACGCCAUGUCGCAGUUCGAUCCAUCAUCAGUGGCUGAAGCUCACCGGCGCGCUGCCUCUUUCGAGCAACAAUUUCGCUCAUCUUCAUGGUCUGCACCAACCAGCAAGACACGGCUGCAAGAUCAAAGCUCGCCUCCACAGACAAGUACAACACGGGAACAAGGAGCUGCGCCUGAAGCAGUGACCCGCGCACCACCGGAGGAACAGGUGCUGAGACGUUCCACCCGACCUAAUGCCUUGAGGUGUUACGCGUGCGGAGAAGCAGGUCAUCGCCAGACUGCGUGUCCAAACCAAAUGCGACGGGGAUUGAUUGCAGAAGAAUUCCCAGAGGGUAAAGAGCCGGUUUAUGAUUCAUGUGGAGAUGAAGAAGCGGUGGAAGAAAGCUCUCCUAUUUUUCAAACCAACGGUGAUACAGGAAGAUUAUUAGUGGCUCGUAGAACAUGUUUGGCUCCUCCAAGCCGCACAGAUACGUGGCUGCGAACUAACAUUUUCAGGUCUACUUGCACAAUUCAAGAUCGCGUGUGUAGUUUCAUUAUCGACUCGGGCAGAUCUCGCAACAUAGUGUCCGAAUAUGUGGUGCGAAAAUUGGGACUGCCGUAUGAAGCUCAUCCAGUACCAUACUCGCUUGGUUGGAUGCAAGACGGAGUGGAUAUUUGCAUCACUCACCGUUCACUGGUCGCGUUCUCGAUUGGUCCGCUUUACAAAGAACGUACAUACUGUGAUGUAGCCCCCAUUGAUGUCUGUCAUCUUAUCUUGGGCCGUCCUUGGGAGUUUGACCGUAAGAUUUUCCACGAUGGAGCAAAGAACACCUACAGCUUCACAUGGGAAAGUCAUCGCAUUGUUCUCCUACCAACACCCAAGGUUCCUCAACUCGGAGCAAGCUUUAACGAAGAGCUGAAAUUAGAAGGAGUAGCAUUUGCUCUAUUCGUCUCCCCCAUCUGCGCGAUUUUACCACAAACCGCCUCCUUACUUGACAAUGUCUUACAAGAGUUCCCGGAUGUUUUUCCAACAAAACUACCAACGGGUCUUCCUCCUCUACGAGACAUUCAGCAUCAGAUUGAUUUAACUCCAGGAGCAGCACUACCAAACAGAGCACACUAUAGAAUGAGUCCACAAGAGCAUGAAGAGCUUCGUCGACAAGUUGAGGACCUACUACGCAAAGGUCACAUACGAGAGAGUCUUAGUCCUUACGCGGUUCCAGCGUUGUUAAUCCCUAAGAAAGACGGGACUUGGAGGAUGUGUGUUGAUAGUCGCGCCAUUAAUAAAAUCACGGUACGCUACAGAUUUCCUAUUCCGCGCCUCGACGAUUUGUUGGAUCAAAUUGGGUCAGCAACUAUGUUUUCGAAGAUAGACCUUAAGAGUGGAUACCAUCAGAUUCGCAUUCGGCCAGGAGAUGAAUGGAAGACGGCGUUUAAGACUCGAGAGGGCUUGUUUGAAUGGCUUGUAAUACCGUUCGGUUUGUCAAACGCACCCAGUACGUUUAUGCGUAUUAUGAACCAGGCGCUGCGGCCGUUUAUCGAAAAAUUUGUAGUGGUGUAUUUUGAUGAUAUCCUCAUUUUUAGCUCAUCACUGUCAACCCAUGCUGCUCAU